UGCACCUGUUGAAGCGUCCCCGGUUCUCCUUUCGGUCGCUCCGGUCAGAAAUCCCCCUCACCUGCUCCACCUGCUUCACCUGAGCGCCGCAGACACACCUGAGCAGCUGCUGGAGACCCACCGGGAGCUUCAGACACCGAAUGGACAAACUGAAGAGAGUGCUGAGCGGACAGGAUGACGGUAACACCGAGGAACCGGGGAUACUGGAGAGAGCCAAUCAGGCGUCGACGCUGGCGUGGGGGACGAGGAUGAAAGGCUUCGUCAUCUGCUUCGUUCUGGGCGUCGUCUGCUCCAUCCUGGGUACGUGUCUGCUGUGGCUCCCCGGUGUCGGCCUCGCUGUGUUCGCUGUCUUCUACAGCGUGGGAAACGUCUGCGCUCUGGGAAGCACCAUGUUCCUGGUCGGCCCGGUGCGGCAGGUGAAGACGAUGUGCGCUAAAGAGAGAGCGAUCGCCACCGUCAUCAUGAUGGUCUGUCUGGUGUUGACGCUCUGUGCUGCUUUCUGGUGGAAGAAUAACGGCCUCGCUCUGCUCUUCUGUGUCCUUCAAUUCCUGGCGUUCACCUGGUACGGACUCUCAUACAUCCCAUUCGCCAGAGACGCUGUCAUCAAAAUGUUUUCAAUGUGUAUCUAAGCCCCGCCCCCUUCCUUCUGAGGGACCAAUCAGAGAGCAGCACACAUCAGAGGCGGUUUCCAUGGAGACGAGUCACACCUGGACUGUUACCUGUUCAUAUUUAUAUAUUUUUAUAUUUUAAUUACAGGUUUUUUUCCCACUUUAAGAACAAAAAACGGCAAAUUUUAAAGAUUUUUUAUUAAUUUUUAACUUUUAAUGAAAAACAGGAAACAGGAAGUUAAAGAUGAAACAGGAAGUUAAAGAUGAGUCAAACAUUUCAGCUGCAGUCGUCACAUUUCUGUCUGAAUCAUUUCAUCGUGUUAAU